UCUUAGCUGUUUGCUGUGGUUUCCAUGGUUGGAGCUGAGGGGCUGCUGGGGUUUUCCAUUGAGUUUUCCUCUUGUCAUCCAUCGACCGGCCGAGGUUGUGGGCAGCACAUGUGUUGCCAUGUGGGCCGGCGGCUCACACGGUGCAGCAGGAGGAUUCCCUGAUCACACCGAUCCCUGACUUCCUCUGUGUUUCUGCUCGUCUGUUUCAGGAUGGAUCAUCACGACUGGCAGAGAGGGAGGAGCAGAGGUCACCGACACUACGAGGACGACGACGAGGCCCAGCCGGUCUACAUCGGCGUUCCCGUUUCCCACAGAAGGAAAAGACGCAGACAUCACUCCUACGCCAGCGACACCGACCACGCUCCACGACACUCGCACUACGACCACCACACACACGGUGAACACACACACCGAGGGUAUUACCACGACAGGGAGGAGCACUACGUCGACGAGGAGGAGAGCACGGAGCAUCACGAGCACAUCGACCCCACAGUGUCGCCUGCAGCAGAGCGGCUGCGCAACAUACUGGGGGAAGAUGACGGCACCCCAACACCCACCAUAUUCACCGAGAUGGACACGCUGCAGCACGAGGGCGGCGAAUUAGAGUGGAAGGAGUCUGCAAGGUGGGUGAAGUUUGAGGAGAAGGUGGAGGAGGGAGGAGAGAGAUGGAGCAAGCCUCACGUCUCCACGCUCACCCUCCACAGCCUGUUUGAGCUCAGGACCUGUCUACAGACCGGAAGCAUCCUGCUCGACCUGGAAGGAUACUCACUGCCACAGAUAGUGGAUGAGAUCGUGGAUCGGCAGAUAGCAGACGGUCUCAUCCCCCCGGACCUGAAAGAGAAGAUCAGUUUCGUGUUGCUCAGGAAGCACCGUCACCAGACCAAGAAACCGAUCCACCGUUCGCUGGCGGACAUCGGAAAGUCCUCCAACGCUGCUUCCAGCCGUAGUCCUCAGGUUAAUCUGAGUCGUAGUACUAGUUCAGCUUCUGGGAUCCACCGCUCCACAGAAGACCUACGCUCUCGGCAGUCAAACAGCCUUGGCCGCCUGCAUCCUGCCCAGAGCCGAAGCAUGAAUGACAUUUCAGACACGCCGAGCACAGACCAGUUAAAGAAUAAGUUCAUGAAGAAGAUUCCUCGCGAUGCCGAAGCCUCCAAUGUCCUGAUCGGUGAGGUGGAUUUUCUAGACAAGCCCUUUGUCUCCUUUGUACGUCUGGCUCAAGCCACGACUCUGGGAGGCCUCACUGAGGUUCCUGUGCCGACCAGGUUUCUCUUCAUCUUGCUGGGUCCUCAUGGCAAAACCAAGUCCUACAAUGAGAUCGGCAGAGCUAUCGCGACACUCAUGGUGGACGAUCUGUUCAGUGACGUUGCCUACAAAGCCAGGGACCGCGAUGACCUGAUCGCAGGUGUUGACGAGUUUCUGGAUGAGGUGAUCGUCCUCCCUCCAGGGGAGUGGGACCCAAAGAUUCGUAUUGAGCCUCCCAAGAAGGUUCCAUCGGCUGAAAUGAGGAAGUCUGUGCUGAACCUGAAUGAACUUGGCCAGAUGAAUGGCUCAGCUGGGGGGGCGGCCGGAGGAGAAGAUGAAGACCUUCCAGCUCCACAUGAGCUCGGAGAGGAGCUGAAGUUCACCGGGAGGGUUGGUGGCGGGUUAUGGCUGGACAUUAAAAGGAAGAUCCCAUGGUAUUGUAGCGAUAUCUACGAUGGCUUCCAUAUCCAGUCCAUCUCUGCUGUGCUCUUCAUCUACCUGGGCUGCAUCACAAACGCCAUCACCUUCGGAGGACUGCUGGGGGACGCUACCGACAAUUACCAGGGUGUGAUGGAGAGUUUCCUCGGCACUGCUUUAGCCGGAACCGUCUUUUGUUUGUUUGGUGGACAGCCGCUCAUCAUCCUCAGCUCUACAGGACCCAUUCUCAUCUUUGAAAAACUGCUUUAUGAAUUCAGCAAGAGUAACAACAUAGACUACAUGGAGCUGCGUCUGUGGAUCGGCCUUCACUCGUGUCUGCAGUGUUUUCUGCUGGUCGUCUCGGACGCCAGCUACAUCAUCAAAUACAUGACCCGCUUCACAGAGGAGGGGUUCUCCAGCCUCAUCUCCUUCAUAUUCAUCUCUGAUGCCAUUAAGAAGAUGGUUGGAGCCUUUAAGUAUUACCCAAUUAACCGUGGCUUCAAGCCUGACUACAUAACGGCCUACAAAUGUGAAUGCAUCGCUCCAGACCAGGCAUCUGGUCUGGGCUUGAAUGUUUCAGCUCCACUCGCAGACGAUAACAUGACUCUGCUGUUUAACUUGACAGACCUGGACUGGAGUCAGCUGAGUAAGAAAGAGUGUGUGAAGUAUGGCGGCACGCUGGUGGGGAACUCCUGUAAGUAUGUUCCUGACCUGGCCCUCAUGUCCUUCAUCCUCUUCUUUGGCACCUAUUCCAUGACUGUUUCUCUUAAGAAGUUCAAGUUCAGCCGCUACUUCCCGACAAAGCUCCGCUCCCUGAUCAGUGACUUUGCCAUCAUCAUUUCUAUCCUGGUCUUCUGUGGGUUGGACUGCCUGCUGGAGCUGGACACCCCGAAACUGCAUGUGCCCACUGAGAUCAAGCCGACGCGUCCCGACCGCGGCUGGUUGGUGAUGCCGUUCGGUAAAAACCCCUGGUGGUGGUAUCUGGCCAGCUUCGUCCCCGCUCUCCUCGUCACCAUCCUCAUCUUCAUGGACCAGCAGAUCAGCGCCGUCAUCGUCAACCGCAAGGAGAACAAGCUGAAGAAAGGCUGUGGCUACCACCUGGACCUGUUCUGGGUCGGCAUCCUGAUGGCUGUGUGUUCCUUCAUGGGUCUGCCCUGGUACGUCGCAGCCACCGUCAUCUCCAUCGCCCACAUCGACUCUCUGAAGAUGGAGAGCGAGUCCAGCGCCCCCGGAGAGCAGCCGCAGUUCCUGGGAGUCAGGGAGCAGAGGUUCACAGGAACUCUGGUGUUUGUUCUGACCGGACUCUCGGUCUUCCUCGCUCCCGUCCUUCAGUACAUCCCCAUGCCUGUCCUGUAUGGAGUGUUCCUCUACAUGGGAGUGGCCUCACUGAGCGGCAUCCAGUUCUGGGAGAGGAUCAAACUGUAUCUGAUGCCGGCCAAACACCAGCCGGACUUCUCCUUCCUGCGUCACGUCCCUCUGAGACGAGUCCACCUCUUCACCCUCGUCCAGAUCGUCUGUCUGGCCGUGCUCUGGAUCCUCAAGUCCACGUUCCUGGCCAUCAUCUUCCCGGUCAUGAUUCUGGGUCUGAUGGUCGUACGGAAGCUGCUGGAUCUGAUGUUCUCCCAACACGACCUGGCCUGGCUGGACGACAUCCUGCCGGACAAAGACAAGAAGAAGAAGGAGGAUGAGAAGAAGAAGAUAAAAGAGAAGAAGGCGGUGGAGCCAGAGAGCGACGAGGAGCCCAACAGCUCUGCCCCCCCUCCUGUGAAGAUCCCCAUGGAGGCCAUAGAGCCCCACACAGAGCCAGACCCCACCCCUGUUAACCCCCCCACCCAAAACCAGACGUCUGAUUGAGGUGAACCCUUACUCGACAGUCUCGUCUGAUCAAAAUGAACUAGACCGCAGCAUCACUCUGCACCUGAAGAUCUCCUGCCCCCCCUCACCUGUCCACUCCCAGACGAGCCUCGCCCCCGGGGACGCUCCGUCACACCUGCCGCCUCGCCAGCCUCAGCCCCAGGUCAGCAUCCGGGUGGAGUCAGACAGCGAGGAGUCUGGCCUCUACUCUGAACAACAACAUCAGCAGCAGCAGCGCAGCCUUUACCCACCUCACGACCCGCCACCACCUGAAACACACAGAGACAUUUACAGAAACCUGCACGCUCACUUCGGUGACUCCUGUGCUGAGACUGUUCUGUAAACACAACCUACAACAACACAAAUACACACACACAGAGGGAAGGUGCAAAGUGUUGCAUACUGAUCACAACUCAUAAUCUCCAUGUGUCGGUUUAAUAACAGGAAGUGCCCUUUCUCACUAACUAAUUGGACUUUUAUAAGAUGUAAUGCCAGCGUAUUAUACAAACCCCCCUCCCCCAACCUAAAACUAUGGUAGCUCUCAGGUCACAUCUCCAGAAACCAGCUUCCUGUAGUGACACGAAUAGAAAGAAACAACCAAAAUGUGUUAAUGAUAAAUGCAUAGACCCAGUCUGAACCUGUGUUAGGCAUCAGUAUUACUGAUCAUUAUUUGUUCUUUUUUUUUUUUUAGUUUUUGCUCUUGUGCAGUUAGGAUGGUGAUUGACGUGAGUUUAUGGUUAAUGAGUAUUAUGGAUGUUUCAGCCAUGAAAAUGUAAUAAAACUGCAUUUAAAAUCUGUAUAUGUUGGUUUGUUUUGUCUUAAAUUGAACAACACUCAUCAGCUCGCUUUGCUGUA